GCAGAAGAAGAAGAAGAAAGAUUUGCGUCACUAAUCAGAAAAUGUCCCAACAUGAGAGUCCUCAAUCAAAUCCACUCCCACCCGCCCCUCCCUCCGUCGAUGCUUUUGUUUGCACUUUCCAAAUUUCUCUGCUUCGCUGCCUACCGCAAUAUUCAGUACGCGAAGGCGGUGCUUUCUCAAAUUCCGUAUCCAAGUAUAUUCUCCUACAAUACGGUGAUGAGGGGGGUUUUGUUGCAAAACCCAUCUCCAGAACCCAUUUUCUUGUUUAGGAGGUUGGUCCAGAAGAAGUUUUCGAUAUCAAACACCUUUACGUUGGCUUUUAUGCUGAAGUGUUGUUCGUUAUUGCCAGCGUUUGAAGAUGGGAAACAAGUUCAUAAGCACGUGAUUGGAUCUGGGUUGGGUGAUAAUUUGUUUGUUCGGGCCUCGUUGCUCAAUUUUUAUACGAAUUGGGGAGGAAGGUGUUUGAUGAAAUGACUGAGAAGAAUGUGGUGGCGUGGAGUGCGAUGAUUGGGGGUAUCCGAAAGUUGGAUGGUGAAUGAGGCUUUUGGGUUGUUUAGGGAGAUGCAAAAAGGUGGGGUAAACCCGGAUGAGGUGACAAUGAUGAGUGUGAUUUCUGCGUGUGCUAUGACUGCGGCGUUAGAUUUAGGGAAGUGGCUGCAAAAAUACAUUAAUAAGAGAGGGAUAAAAUAUGAUCUUCAGGUGAAUACGGCGCUUGUAAAUAUGUAUGCUAAGUGUGGGUGCGUUGAGCGAAGGAAGUUUUUGAGGCCAUGCCAGUUAAGGAUGCCAAAGCUUGGAGCUCCAUGAUCAUAGGAUUUGCUAUCCACGGCCUCACGAAAGAGGCAUUGGAGACUUUUGCAAAUAUGGAAGAAGCUAAGGUUGAACCUAACCAUGUGACACUUAUCAGCGUGUUAUCAGCAUGUGCUCAUGGUGGCCUAGUUGCUAAGGGGAAAAAGAAUUGGUCCAGCAUGCCUAAAUCUAGGAUUGAACCUUCUAUGGAGCAUUAUGGUUGCAUGGUCGAUCUACUUUGUCGCGCAAAUCAAACUGAAGAGGCUUAUGAAUUUGUUAAGAACAUGCCAACUACCCCAAGUCCUACAAUAUGGCGUACCUUGCUUGUGAGUUGCAAGAAGAACAAGAUGUUAGAGAAAGGUGAAAUUGUAGCAGAGCAGCUUCUUUAGUUAGAGCUACUCAAUGCAGAGAAUUACAUACUAUUCUCAAGCUUGUAUGCAUCAGGAUUGGAUUGGGUGAAAAUGAGCCGUGUUAGGAGGCAAUGAAGGAGAGGGGUAUCAAAGAUGUACCAAGCCACAACUCCAUUGAAAUCAACGGUCAUGUGCAUGAGUUUGUAAUGGUCUCACCCCAAAGCAAACGACAUAAGAAAGGUUUUAUGGGAAGUUUCAGAGAGAGUUCAAGGCAUCGGACAAGAACCUUGGAUCGCAUCUGUAUUGCUGAAUGUGGGUGAUGGAGAAAAACAAGAUGCUCUUUGGGAAUAUAGUGAAAGAUUGGCUAUUGCUUAUGGUCUUUCGAAGACUAAACCGCCUGUAACAAUUAGAGUAGUAAAAAACCUUAAAGUCUGUGUAGACUGUCAUGAAGUGACAAAGACUAUAAGUAAAUUGUAUAAUAGAGAAAUCAUUGUUAGGGACCGGUUUUGAUUCCACAAGUUUGAGAUGGAGUCUGCUUUUCCCGGGACUUUUGGUGAAUUUUAGUGGCUGGACAACCCGGAGAAUCUUGAUUGCCAAGUGAAUUGCGCAUUUCCAUGUCGUCACAAGUGUGAAUUCGUCCAUUUUUGCUCCCCCUUUCAACCACUCUAUCACGACCCAAGCAUUUGGCAAGGGACAUAUU